UCCUUAUAUCUUUAUAUUUAAUGACACAGAUCCAUGCGACGUUUGACAAGCCAGACUGCAGGAUCACUAUCAUGCCAUUUGCGGGCAUCAUUGACGAGAUCGUGUUGAUUAAUGACCCUGAUACGGACCACCGAGCAACCGUUGCAGACCUGUGACGAAUGAGGGCUGGGGGCGGCGUCUAAAUCUGUUGUGUUGCUGCGUAGCAACUGCGUCCUACGAACAGUAGACCCCUCAGCCUCACCUCAGACGCCAGUUGCAUGAAGUCUCCGUCCUGGCGAUUGAGUCACCUUCCCUUCGCCUGCUUGCAGGAAUUCAUUAUUUUGCUCGCAGCAGAACCGCCAGGCAAGUUGCGUUUUCAGCUCCUGCGAGUCAAGCUUCCGGGCAGCAUACCACUACUGGUCAGGUAUAAAAGUAAUGUGCUCUAUAUUCCCAGCCACUCCUUUGAAUUGUAAACUUAUUCACGCCGCUAUAACCCCCCCCCACUUCCCCAUUGCGAUUCUCACUAGCUCCCGGCCUUAAAUCAAGUCGUAACUCGCCUAAUAGGCCUGCAUCAACCUCCACGUGAUAUGCCCACCUGUAUCCCCUGUUGUGCUAUUUUUCUUCCCUAAACGAUAGGCUGUAAUAAAGGCCAACGAGACCUCCUCGCUCCCGCUGCCCCACCAAAUACGCAGCCUCCACAGAGACAGUAGACACCGUCUCGUGCUCGAUGACAAACUCCUCCGUCGCGGCAGAGCCAGCAGGCGAGCCAAAAAAGUCGAAGAGACGAAGGAGAAGGAAGCGACUGAGACGCCUGACAAAGUGAAACCGGGAGAGGAGAGGCCAGUGGACAGCCGCGGUCUCUGGGACCCGACGUACCUCGCCGAGGUAUACCGCGACUUCUAUCGCGAACUGGGCAAGGCAUGGGCAGGAAUUCUAAAUGGUUUUCGCGGCUACAAAUGA